CCUUUAUCUAAUGGUCUGCAGAAUAGUCGGGCAAGCCUUGAUCAUGUAGAAUAUGAUGAAGGUAAAAACAAGCCUAUACUGAAGGAGCAGACAGAUUUGGCUGUUGUGGGAAAGAACACGUCCGCUAACUCUCAACUGACAGAGGAAAAUGGUGCUUUUCCAAAUGAAUUAGCAAACAAGACAUACAGGCAAAAGAAGAUCUUGAAAGGUCGGGAAAAACUGGAAGAAAAAGGUGAACUGAAAUCAUACCAAGAUUUUUAUGGAAACUGGACUUCAUAUGUAAUCCCAGCCUGUCAACUUAAGGAUCAUUCAGCACCCCAAAUUAUGCAAUCUUCUCCCCCUUCAAUUCUCAGCCAACAGAAGCAGCUACAGGGUUCCGAGCAGUUGCAGUACCAGCAGAUAUCCAAUCCAUUUGUGGCCCCUUCUGCAUACGGGAGUAUUACAAAUCCAUAUUCUAUGCCUGGGUUGUCCCACAAUCAGUCCGGGGAUUUUAAGCAUCAACCUUUAGCUUCUGGUUAUGAAGUUUCUUCAGGCAAUGCAAAUCCUAUAAACAAGUUAGCUGACUGUCCAGUGAAACCCCUGAGAAUGACACCUCAGGAAAAGAUUGAAAAAUUAAGGAGGCGGCAACAAAUUCAGGCAAUGCUUGCCAUUCAGAAACAGCAGCAGCAGCUUGUUCAUCAAAAGUGUUCCCAAGAAAAUCAAAUUCAGCAUGUUGAAGGAGCUGACCUUGAAGUAGAGGAUUUAAGUACACUUUCUUCAUUUGACCCAAACUCACCUAUUGAGCAAGACGAUUCCAAUACAGUCUCUCUGGCGGUUAAUGAUUAUUCAAUGGAGGACACAGUACUCUACAGGCUUCAAGAUAUUAUUUCAAAGUUGGAUGUGAGAAUUAGACUUUGUAUUCGGGAUAGCUUGUUCCGGCUGGCUCAAAGUGCAAUGCAAAGGCAUUAUGCUAGUGAUACUGGCAGUACAAACAAUAGUAGCAGGGACGAGCAAGUUGCUGCAAAGGAGGAAACCAGCAGUCAAAGAAGGGUGGUUCAGAUGCCUGAGGUGGAAACAGAAACCAAUCCGGUAGACCGGACUGUGGCUCAUUUGCUGUUUCAUAGACCGAUGGAUAUUCCUGGGAAGCACCCUCAUACACCUGAAUCACCUUUUUCAACCAAGCUCCCGUGUGAGCACAAGACAAUGGCCCUAGCAAAGCUGUUAACGGGAAGCCUGUCUGAGACUCCGAAAGGAAAACCAAACUUUUCGCAAAAGGGGUCUCAACUUUCUAGUCUCUUGACCGAUGCUCAGCCCGUAAGUCAGUGUAAAAGCAAUCCUUGCUUAGACACUUCAGAGGAUGCAUCAAACAAUGGGCCUGCAGAUGAAGGAGCUAGGGAGGUUAAAGCCUCUCAAUGAAGACAAGGGUAAUUCCUACCUGAAUCUCUUCCAUGCUUGCAGUGACGAUUUACUAGUAAUGCCGAGGUUUUCUUUUAUUGUGAGCUCACUGGAUCAUCAUGAGGAAUAAACACCAGUAUUGAUGGGGAUUUGUACAUGUCUUUAGCAGCGUAACCAUCAAGAAGUCGCAUUUGUGCAUGCUGGAAGUAUUGUUGUUAAUAUAGCUACGUAUCUACUGCAAAACAAUGAACUCUUUGCUGUGAGUUCUCAAGAUGAUGACUUUCUGUGCUUUAA